AUGUACCGAGCGACGGGACGCCCAGUGUGUAAAUACGGCGCGCGAGAUCACACAUGCGGGGUGUGCAAGCUAAAGCUGGACGUGGCGGACAUUCUUAUCGACCGUAUGCUGCGUGUACCGAUCCAGAAAGAGAACAACGGGAUGCGACUCGGACUGGACAUGGACGAGCUCGGGGAGGUGGUGCCCGAGUUUAUGGGGGAGAAUGGGGUCAACUGA